UUUUCGCCCCUAUAUAAACACGAAAAACCGCGGUUUACCAAGACCAAAAACUUGUAACUCCGCAAGCACUCCGGCGCCACCAAUAAUAUAAUAUUAUCAGUAGUUUAUUAUCAUCCUCGAAAGAGAUCGAUGGAGGUUACCGGGGAUAAUUUACUAACACCAGAAGAUUCAAAUCAAAUCCAUGGAGACAUCUUGGAGUCAAUAUUCAACCACGUCCCUCUCGUAGAUCUCGUUCCUGCGAGUUACGUGUCCAAGUCCUGGAAACUUGCAGUUUCCACUUCUCUGCAGGGAGCUGGUGGUGGUAGUCGCCGCCCCAACAGAAUCAAACCAUGGCUCCUAAUCUACACCCAGAACACGAGGUUUCCUCACUCAACAACAGCACACGCUUACGACCCACGUUCACACGUUUGGAUCGAAAUCCAUGAGCCAUCUAUCAAGUUCAUCUCAGCCCUCCGAUCAUCUCACUCCACUCUCCUCUACAUGCUUUCACCUUCCAGCUUUUCUUUGUCUUAUGAUCCUCUCCACCUCACCUGGCAACACAUCAAGGCCCCCCUUAUAUGGAGAAUCGACCCCAUUGUGGCGAUGGUUGGCAAACGUGUCAUCAUCGCCGGUGGAACCUUCGACUUCGAGGACGACCCUUUAGCAGUCGAAAUGUAUGACCUGGAGACUUGCAAGUGGGAAAUGUGCGAGUCCAUGCCUGCGAUACUAAGGGAAUCAGCUUCCUCCGCCUGGCUCUCCAUUGCAGUGAACUCCAACAAAAACAAGAUGUAUGUUGUGGAGAAAAGCACGGGGGUGGCUUACUCCUUCGAUCCCAGCAUCAAGGCAUGGCAAGGACCCUACCGUCUGCGCCCUCAGACAACAAGUACUAUUUCCCACUGCUUUAUUGGAUUUGCCAACCAUGACCGUCUGAUUUUUGUUGGUAUAAUUGGAGAUGAUAUCAAAAGCAUAAAACUGUGGGAGGUGGAUGGGGAGUCAUUAGAGGUUUUCAGAGAGAUUGGAGAGAUGCCAAAGCAGCUGGUAGAGAGAAUGAAGGUUAUUAGCAGUGAAGAUGAUGCUGAGAAUAUGAUAUGCUUUGGUAUGCCGACGCCAUCCUCUAUAGGUGUGAGUUUGAUGGAUGAUCUUGUAUACGUUUACAUAAACAGUGUUGGAGGAGCCAUCAUCAUGUGUGAGAUUAGCGGAGAUGGCAGUGGCGCGUGCAGCUGGACUAGCGUGAAGAAUGUGUCAGGGAUUGAUAUUGACAGAUGUAAGUUAACCCAGGGAACAGUUUUGGGCUGUUCAAGGGUCGGUUUUGAUGAUCUGGAUAAGGCUUUGCGUGAGAGUAGAAAAUUUCAUGUGAAGGAGACGGCUUGAUUCCUGCCGAGAGUAAUGCAUUCAAUCUGGAUAAGAUGUAGGAUCAUUGAUGUGUCAUUUCCAU